UGUGUUCAAAAUAAUGAGCCUUUUUCCCUGAAAGAAACCUGCACUUUAUAAAAGCCCAAGUAUUGGCUCGCUUUCAGCACAGAACUUAAGCGAGUUUUUAGCUGCAAGAUCACCAUGUCGAAGAUCACACUGGUAAUUGCUUUCAUUUGCCUUUGCGUGGCCGUUCAAGCCCAAUCCGAUAGAGAGAUUUGCAGGCGAAUCAGGGAGCGAUGUGACUCCAGGGCUGAUCGAAAUGGAAGGACCAACGAUGUUUCAGACAUCUUUAACGAGAACUGUCGCCGUUUAGACAGGCGUUGGCGCAACAUCUCAAGAUGCGAACUCGCAUGGGCUACUUGCCAAUUGACCCUGGAACGUUGUGAGACUUUGUCCUGUGACAAUGUUAGGCGAGUGCUCGCCAGACGACCCAACGAGUAAGGCCCCUCGAAUGAACUGAACGACCAUUCAGAAAAUCGAGUGAAACCUGCAUUCCUGCGAAUUAAUAAACACUUCAAUGCUCUCUA